AUGAUCCAGUUGGUUUUGGCACUACAGUUUUUGGCACACUCUUUCGCCCAGACAGAUAUUUGUACACUUCCGGCCGAAACGGGUCCAUGUCGAACAUCUGAAAUACGAUACUUUUACAACGCACAGAGCAGAAAGUGCGAGGAAUUUCUUUACGGUGGAUGUUUGGGCAACGCAAAUAACUUCGAAACAAAAAAGGAGUGUGAAACUUACUGCGGCAAGGAAAAAAAUUACUGCAAUCCAUACACCGAAGAAUACAGCAACUGCGGAACGAUGUGCCCAGAGACGUGCUGGAACAGCGGCACGAAUGUGCCGUGUGCUACAAUAUGCGUCCCGGGUUGCAUCUGUAAGCCAGGAUUCGUACGAGCUGGGCGAAGCUGCGGCGGGAAGCCGUAUGAUCAGAGCUGCAAUCAGCAACGGACGAACGAUCUGAUGCCUGUUGGCACAUCCGCUGCUUUCCUGUUUGGUCCCUGCAUUCCGAGGGCAUGGUGCAACGCGACUUAUCCGCCAAGGCCUCCAAUAAUGCGUUGUCCGUACAACGAACAUUACGAGGAAUGUGGUACGGCAUGUCCAGAGACAUGCUUGACACUUGGAUCAAAUGUGCCAUGUCCACUAAUCUGCAAAUCUGGCUGCUUCUGCAAUGAUGGAUAUGUCCGAGCAGGCCAGUCAGUCGGUAUGCCGGUUCCUCAGAUUCCGCUGAUAUUUCCUUCAAGCGAUUUUGGCAAUCAUGGACAAGGUCCGUGCGUUCCCAUAUUCCAGUGCAGUCUCUACACUCCAGGUAUGCAAAACUCGCUGCUGUUAGCUAUGGUUGUCACUGCUUAA